CAAAACCAAGGUACACAAAUAGCUGCGUGACGUCACGGAAAUCGUAAAGCUGGUUGCAUUUGGAAGGUUUCCACUGAAAGAACAGCCGGGUUGCAAUCCUCUGAGUUUGGUAAAUAACAUAUUUCGUGUACAAGUAUAAUCAACUGGAGUAACAAAAAUAAAUAAAUCUUACAAGAAUCGUCUAACACAUAUAGGAAGGAAGCAACUAUUUUGGAUAUACCUGUACUCAGACGUCUUCAGAAUGGGGGAGGUUGAAGAAAGUCCGAGUACUCCGGAGGAGACGGUUCCCGAUCAAGGCGCAGAAAAGGGUGGUCUAAAAGUGUUCAUAUCGUUGACCACUGGAAACAUGGAGAUGCGGAAUCAACAGACAAUAAUUCAAGGCUUGUUGGAAGCGAAAAAUAUUGAAUUUGAAAUGAUAGACAUUAGUGAUCCAAGUAUGGCCGACCAGAGGAAGUUCAUGAGGCGCAAUGCGCCAGCCCCCGGCGAAGGAAAAAUCCCCCUCCCUCCACAGAUCUUCAAUGGAGAACAUUUUGUUGGAAAUUUCGAAGCCUUCUUUGAAGCGGUGGAAACCCAACAUCUAUAUAAAUUCCUGAAGUUACCUAUUCCAGAAGAAGAAGCUGUCUUUCACAGAGUACCAGAACCAGAACCACCAGCAGAAGAGGCAAAGGAGGAAAAGGAAGAAGAUGGGGAGGAAAAGGACGCAGUUGAUGGAGAAGAAAAAGAGGAUGAGGAAAAGGAAGAAAAGGAAGAGGUAGAUGAAGAGGAGGCAAAGAAGGAAACAGAGGAGGGAAAAGAAGAAGUGAAGGAUGAGAAGAAGGAGGAAGUGGAGGAAAAGAAGGAACCACCCAAGCCUACAUUUCGCCGUAAAAAGGAAUGGGAGGAUUCUGAUGAAGAACAGAAGGAAGAAAAGCCAAAGGAACCUGAAAAGGCAGUUUUUAAAAAGAAGAAAGCUGAUUGGGAGGAAUCUGAUGAAGAAGAAAAAGAGGAAGAAAAGCCAAAGGAACCUGAAAAGGCAGUAUUCAAAAAGAAGAAAGCUGAAUGGGAAGAUUCAGACGACGAAGAUCCAUGGGGAUCCAGCGAGGAUAAGAAAGAAGACAAAGAGGAAAACAAGGAAGAGACAGAAAAGGAAAAGGAAGCCCGCGAGAAAGCUGGAUGGGAAGAAGAGGAGCAAAAGACAGAACCUGAGAAGGUUGUCUUCAAGAAGAAGAAAGCCGAUUGGGAAGACAGUGAUGACGAGGAUAUACCGGCAAGUGAAACGAAGGAUGAAGACGAAGUUAAGGAAGAAAAGAAAGAAGUUGAGGAAGAAAAGAAAGAACCACCAAAGCCUUUGUUCAGAAGGAAAAAAGACUGGGCAGAUGAGAAAAAGGAAGAAGUUAAGGAACCAGAAGUAGCAGUAUUCAAAAAGAAGAAACAAGACUGGGAGGAUUCUGGUGACGAAGAAGAAAAGAAAGAAGAACCAGAGGAAAAAAAAGAACCCGAAAAAGUUACGUUCAAGAAGAAAAGACAGCCGUGGGAGGAUUCCGAAGAUGAAGAAGAAAAGACAGAGGAACCAGAGAAAAAGAAGGAACCUGAAAAAGCUACAUUCAAGAAGAAGAGACAACCAUGGGAUGAUUCGGACGACGAAGAAAAGACGGAAGAACCAGAAAAGAAGGAACCUGAAAAAGUUGUAUUCAAGAAGAAAAGACAACCGUGGGAGGAUUCUGACGAAGAAGAAAAGAAGGAAGAGUCAGAGAGGAAGAAGGAACCUGAAAAAGUAACAUUCAAGAAGAAAAAGCAGCCGUGGGACGAUUCCGAUGAAGAAGGGGAAACUGUAGAAGAAAAGGUUAAAGAAAAAGUUGAAGACGAAGUGAAAAAGGAACCAGAAAAGACAACAUUUAAGAAGAAAAAGCAGCCAUGGGAUGAAUCUGACGAUGAGGAAGAAGAAGUAAAAGAAGAAACGAAAGAAGAGGCAAAAGAGGAAACUAAAGAGGACGAGAAAAUAGAAGUUGAAGAGGAAGUUAAAAAAGAACCUGAGAAAACUACAUUCAAAAAGAAGAAGCAGCCAUGGGAUGAAUCUGACGAUGAGGAAGAAGAAGUAAAAGAAGAAACGAAAGAAGAGGCAAAAGAGGAAACUAAAGAAGAAGAGAAAAUAGAAGUUGAAGAGGAAGUUAAAAAAGAACCUGAGAAAACUACAUUCAAAAAGAAGAAGCAGCCAUGGGACGAUUCUGAUGAAGAAGAUGUGAACUUAGAAAAUGAACCAGCAGCAGAGACACCCAAGGAAGAACCAAAUGAAAAAAUAAAUGAUGAGCCGAAAGAGGAACCAAAAAAGGAACCAGAAAGAGUUAUGUUUAAAAAGAAGAAAGAAACUUGGGAAGAUUCUGAUGAAGAAGAUGCAAAAGAAGAUGUGGAGAAAGAGGAUGAAUCAAAAGCAGAGGAGUCAAAUGAGGAACCGAGUGAAAAAAUUAAGGAUGAGCCGAAAGAGGAACCAAAAAAGGAACCAGAAAAAACCAUGUUCAAAAAGAAGAAAGAACCCUGGGACGAUUCGGAUGAUGAAGAGACCAAAGAUGACCUACCAAAAGAAGAGGUAAAGGGAGAGCAGCAGGGGGAAUCUAAAAAGGAACCCGAAAAGACUAUAUUCAAAAAGAGGAAGCAACCAUGGGAUGAUUCCGAUGAGGAAGAUGAAACUAAAGACAAGGAACCACGGGAUGAAGAAACUAAGGACGAUGCCAAAGAAGAUAAGGAACCAGAAAAGGUUGCAUUUAAAAAGAAGAAUCCCUGGGACGAUUCUGAUGAGGAGGAAGAUGUAAAAGAAGAGCCCAAAGAAGAAAAGAAGGAAGAAGAAAAGGAGGAUAGUGACGACGAGGAAACGAAAGAACCAGAGACAGUAAAGGAGCCAACUCCACCACCUAAAGAGCCAACACCUCCAUCGAAAGAACCGACGCCACCACCUAAAGAGCCAACACCUCCACCGAAAGAACCGACGCCACCACCUAAAGAGAAAACGCCUGAACCAGUAAAGAAGGUGGAAGAAAGGGCUACCUUUAGAAGGAAAAAGGCUUGGGAGGAUUCCGACGACGAGGAUCCUUGGGGUUAA